GAGUGACGUCACGUCCAAUAGGAUAAAAGAAUGAGGAAGAGUCAGUCUUUUGGGCUUGAGCAGUUAUUAUCGAAACGCAGACAGGGAAAUAAACAAGCUCUAUGAGGUUUUAGUCCGAUUAAAUAAGGCGGAUUGAGUGUGAAUUGUUGAGGAAUUGAAGCUCCACUGAGUGAUGGUAACCGGACGCAUCGGAGACUGGUGCGCUCUCUUCGCGGAGCGGCACCAGUCCGGGAUCAACUUUGCGCUGCUGAUCAUUUCCUACAUCCUCUACCUCUUCAUCGGUGCCGGGAUCUUCUCCGUCAUCGAGCUGCCCUACGAACACGAGCUUCGACAGGAGCUGAAAGAGGCAAGGCAGGACUUCCUGAGCAACAACACCUGCGUGUCCGACGCGCACCUGGAGGAACUGCUGGCUCGCGCGCUCCAGGCCAGUAACUAUGGAGUGUCCGUCCUUGGUAAUGCCACCAACCGGAACUGGGACUUUGUGUCCUCCUUGUUCUUCACCAGUACAGUGUUGACCACUACAGGUUAUGGUCACACUGUUCCUCUGUCAGAUGAAGGGAAGGCAUUCUGUAUCUUCUACUCCAUCGUUGGCAUCCCUGUUACACUCUUCUUCCUGUCCACCAUAGUGGAGAGACUCAUGGACCUGCUUUCGCGACGCCCAGUCUCUUAUUUUCACCGGCUGUGGGCAAUGUCAAGAUCGCAGCUAGCCUUGAUCCACGCCGCUUCUCUCAGCAUCAUCAUCGCUCUGUUCUUCCUCUUUAUUCCUGCCUGGAUUUUUCUCAGCCUUGAAAAAGACUGGAACUUUCUGGAGUCUCUUUAUUUUUGCUUCAUCUCUCUCACAACAAUAGGCCUUGGGGAUUAUGUCCCAGGGGAAACUCAUAGUAAGGAGGACAAUCCCCACCCACAGCUGUACAGGCUGGCCAUUACAGUCUAUUUGCUGCUGGGCCUGGUGUUCAUCCUGGUGGUGUUGGAGACCUGUUACGAACUUCCUCAGCUCAAACUCCUCAGACGGAGAUUUUACAAGGAAAAUGUUCGAGAGCUAGACUCCGAAACCACCAACAUUAUCAGUCGCGAUCAGCUGAGCGACCAGAUAACCGAGUCUGCAGAUCACACACACGAUCAGCUGCCAGUCAUCUCUUCUGUGUUAGAACAGGCCGAUACGCUGCGCCAGAACGGCACGUCAACGCCUUACACCCCGGCUUCAGGAACUGCUGCUAAUGGGAAGCUGAGAUAACAGCUCCAAAUAUCAGGAAGUGGGUGUGGUGGAAGUUAAUGAACCUGAUUAUGAACUGUAUUUGCGCACAAUAGAAUCGUACUGGUGUUGCACCCUGCCAACACAAACACAUAUACGUGCUGCAAAGGCAGGAACUCUCGGUGACUUCCUAGAAGUUUUAGAAUCCUCACAAAGUCAUAAAGCUUCAGUUGCAAAGUUGCACAGCCAGUCUAGAUGAUUUUACAUUCAUGUCUAGGCCAUAAAAUAUCUGAGAUAGUAUUUGCAUUGGGAAUGAGCCCUCUCAGAAGCAGCAAAGCCAAGACUCAUAUGAAUCCAUUACCAUCAGAUAACUCAAUUCAUGCAUGUAUUCCAUAAAGAAGAGAAGAUGAAAUGUUGGCUCUGAAUAAAUACUUUCUUUCCUGGUUUCUUUUAGGGAAGGAUUCACUUCUAAUUCUUUAAACAUAGCAAAAUUAACACUGUGGUAUACAAGUCAUGCCACUAGAGGGAAGCACUUUCAUGUUGUAGGAAGGAGUCAUUAAAGUGAAUUUAAAAAUGAAGAUAUUUUCAUAAAAGAAGUUCAACAUGCUGCUCUGAACUGAUCAAACAGAUAAAAGGGGUUGUUUCUUUGUGGUUGGUGCCUGUUUUAAUGCAUAUUUUGUAAAAGACCUGGUACACCCAGGUUUUCACACGAUCAUUUGUUGUUAUUAUUAUUUUACUGCUGUAAGGAUGUUUAUAUUAACAAGAUACCUUUUAAAUUGUUUUUAUGAAAUCCACUGUUUGUUCUGGGUUUAAUAUAAAUGUUUAAACAAACCCAUUGCAUGAAUUGUAUUUUUAUACAGUGCUUUGCAAAAGUAUUAAUACCCUUUUUACAUUUUAAAUAGUUUUGCAGUAACUCAUUUUAAAUGAUUUUGAUGGGAUUUCAGUGAUGGAAUAACAAAGUAGUGCAUACAAAAAGUUAUGAUACAUGGUUUGAAAAAUAAUUUUUAAAAUAAAGAUCUAAACAUUGUAUUCAUUUGUAUAAAGCCCCUUAGUGUGACACGUGUUUUGCUGCAACAGUCUUUGGCUUCCAAUAUUUGGAGAUAUGUCUAUACUGGCAUUGUACCUCCAGAGAUUUAAUGUUUUUAUUAUUGUUUUUAAAACAGCUCGGGCUUAACCAUGUUGCAUGGAGAGUUUCAAUUGCAUUCGAACCCUCUAUUCAAACUGUGUAUACAGUAUAAUUUAUGUUUUUCUCUACAUAACAAAUAGAAACCAUUAUCUUCCACAUGGUAAGUCUCACUGGACCUGCAGUAACUCACAACGACUGAGCCCUCUUGCAUCAUGAGUAUCAUGUUUGUUUCUGAGGGAUAGCAUAGUGAAGACAUGGUACAGGCACAUACAUUUUUAAAGAUUACAUGAGGCAGACAGGAUGUCAAACAUGGAAAGUGUAAAAAAAAAUGGAUCCAUUAUAUUUCAGGGAGGUGGGGAAGGGGAUGCUGCUGGGAUGCAUAAAUGGAUUCUACUGUACACACUUCCAGUAUGGUUGGGCAUGCAGUACAUGUCAUGAUAGAUAGAUAUAUGCUCCCUUAAUUUCUGGGAAAAAGGUUAGGAUCUUUUUUUAUUUAUUUAUGUUGAAUUAUAUCCUUGCUGUUCUCUGAAUUUAUAACUUGGUUGCAUGAAUUGAGUAAAGUUUGUAUUGGGGCUGUCCAUUACUGGUAUAUUAAAAUGUCAUCUGCAAAUAGA